AGAGUCUGUUAAGUUCGACUCGAUUUUAACCGAGUUUCUAACGUUUUGAGACCAGAUGUGCACGAGGGGACGGUUUAAUAUUAAAGAUGAGACCUCUGGUUCGAUUCUGACGGAAAAUGACUCUAAACCAGGGUGAAAUCAAGGGAUGAUUGCUUGGUGUUUGACACGAUAUUGUAGCUUUUAGAAUAUCAUGGAAAGAGCUGAUCAGCAGAAAGCUUUGGAAGAUCUGAUCGAGGAAAAUCGAGCUAUUUUAGAAGAACUUGCUCAGUGUAAAGCUGACAAGGAUUUUGUGUGGAAUUUAUGGCGCAGAUUGCAGUCAUCGCAACCAGAUGUGACCUCUGUUGUAAGUAUGGUGAUCGCACGCGAACAAGAGAAGAGUGAACAGAAAGACAAGAAAGUUUUAGAGAUCUUACAGAUGAAGGAUGAAAAGAUCAAAGAGUUGAAAGGGAAUUUAUUGUCAUUGGAGGAUGAAGCACACUACAGCAAGACGCGAUAUCACGACUUACUGAUCGAGAACGAAGAAUUGAAGCAGAAGUUGGACGAGGUACAAAAGGAGUUUUCAACCAAACAAAGGGAAAUGAGCGAAGAAAAUAGCUAUUUGUCCACUUUGCUGAAAGCUCAUCAGGCGCAAAAAGAAGUCGAUGAUCAAACUGUUAAGGAUAAUCUGGAUGGUAUUGAAGAGGAAAAGAAUCAGCUUAAAAUUAGGAUCGCUGUGUUGGAGAAACAAGUCAGUGAUUUAAGCGAGGAAAAACUGAAAAUGGCUUCUGUUAUCGAAGUUAAUGCAACUCUUGAGGAGAAGAUGAAGACCUUGGCGGAUGAAGUAAGUACCCUGACCUUAAAAAACACCGAAGUUGCCAAGAAUUGUGAAGAAGCUGAGAUAGAAUUGACUAACAGGGAAAAUCUUUUACAAAAGCAGUCACAGUCAUUGCAAGAACAAGCUCAAAUGAUUAGAAAACUAGAGAGCGACUUAGAGGCAGUGAACAGGGAUUUUGAACAAGUAAGAGUCGAAAGCAAUCAGUCUAUGGCGCAAAUGUCAGAGAAGGAAAGGAUCAUACAGCAACUAGAGGAGAAUGAACAAAGGAAUCGACAGGCUCUGAUGGAUCAUGAGCAAGAAUACCGCAGAGGAAUCGCAUCCCUGCAAAAAUCUGUCGCUGAUUUGCAAGCCCGAUGCUCGGCUUAUCAAGAAAAGGAGACUAAACUGCUGCAGGAUAUUGAGAAAUUAAAGGAAAACUCCUGCAAACAGCGAGAAGAUCUUAAUGUCAAGGAAUUGAUAAUUGACGAAUUAAAGGAUGCCGUGAGAGAGGGAAUGCGUUCGGGAGAAGUUUCAAGACGUGAUGAUGAAGAGGAAGGCAAGGGAAGGCCAAUGGAGAGAAAAGCGAGGACACAAGCAAAGAUAGGGGAGGGAAAGAGUCGAAGACGCGGUGAAGACAUAGAACUCGAGAGCUUGGAAGAACGUAAUAGAACAGAAGUUACGAACCGCUCCGAUGACGAGACUGCUGAUGAAUCUCCGUCUAAAAUGGUGAUGAAUGAAGAAUCUUUGGAAAGAAAAAUCGAUAAAGUAACAGUACUUCGUGACCUGGAGACUCGGUUGAGCGAAAGUCGAGAUACAAUUGAAGAGUUGAAGAAACUUUUAGAGCUGAAAGAGGCGGAACUUGUGGAGACACGACGCGCACAUGCGCAGCGGCAACAACGCUACAGGAUGCUCAAAGAGAAUUAUUAACUUGUCUUAGAACAAAUUAAAACUUACGAGGCUUCGAAUGCUGACGAAACCGGAAAUGUAAAACCACCUCCAGAAAAGUCGGAAGAACGUGAACUGAGGCACUUGGACAGUGAUCAAGUAUGGAAGGAACUGGCUUACUAUAGGCACGAAUAUGAAGAACUGGCUAAAGAAAGGCAUGCUGUUUUAGAGGAGAUUGACGUUCUUCGAGUGCAGCAUUCUCAUAACGUUGCAAACAUACAAGAACUACAAGUUCAUCUCCGUGAAGAAAGAGAAGAGAGCAACACGCUUCGUAGUAAGAUUGCAGCAGAGACACAGGCGUUUGAAACACUUCGACUUAAAGCGGAGAAGGUGGAAGAUCAAUUGCAGAGUUGGCAAGAAAAGGCUCUCCGAGGACAGACGAUGUGCAAUGAGCUAGAGGAGGAAAACCAACUUCUGCGGCAUGAGAUCAAAGCCAUACAAGGACAAAAUAAAUCACUUGCGGAGGAGUUUAGUGGUUUGGCGGAAGAGUUCGAGAAUCUUAAAAAGCGUCAUGAUGAACUUGUUAAUAAAGAAGCGAAGAAGACAGAGAAUGACAGAGAAGUGUCUGGUGCAGCACAAGACGGAACGGCACAACUUGAAAAUACCACUGAAAGCGCUCAAGAGGAUGCAGAAUUUGCCAAACAGCACGUUGAAUCCUUGAGUAGUUACGACGAGCAAGUCAAACGCAUUGCUGAUCGGAUUUUAUCAAGCCCUCCAAAGGAUAGUGGAGAAUCAGAAAGGAAAUUCUCCUCGUCACAUGGAACGCAGACAGAUCCGAUCCCUCGUUUUGUCGACACCAGCGUUCACGUGAACUUAGAUGCUGAAGAUGCCUCAUCAAUGGACGAAGAGGACACGAACAAUGUUAAGUCUAGUGCUGAAAAGAAAAGUGCUGUCUCUAAGGAGACUGGAGUUCGUCGGCAAGGUACUCCACAGCCUAAAAUAGUUGCGAGGAAAACUCCCCGACGAAACGAAGGGGCGAGCAUGAGGCAGAGAAUUCUUAGUCUCACGCAAGAAGUAAAUGCGCUUCGACAGUCUAAGGACAAAGCCGUGAAGGCUCUGAGUGUUCAGACAAGUGAUUAUGAAAGUUUACAAAAGGAAUAGAACGCUUUGCUAAACAAGUUACAUGUCAGCAGGAAUUCAGUGCAGCAUUUGACACAUAGCUUGAAGCUUUGCACGCGUGAGAAAGAGCGUUUGACGGAGGAAUUGAAAGAGAGACACGAAAUAGAUUCCAAACCGAGCACUUUGUCGAUAGCUGAGUGGAGGCGUUUAGAAGAAGAAUUGCGGCAGGCUACGAUGGAAUGUAUUCGGCUGGCCAGCAUCGUUAGAACAUUAAACAGCGAGAAUGAACAAUUGCGAGCGAAGAUUAAAGACGUACAAGAGAACAAUACAAGGCUUGAGCACGCAGUAACUCAGAAGAAAACUUUAGUGGACGAGAUGAAAUCCAAGAUGAAAGAAGUUGAAGAAAAAGCUAAGAAAGAUGCGGAGACUGUUAAGAAUUCGGAAGAAAAACUCUCGCAGUUAAAGGAAAGAGAGAAAGCAACCAGAGUGAGAAUCGAGACACUUGAACUCCGGUUGGACGGCGAGACUCGUGAGAAACAAAACUACCGUCAACAACUGCUGAGUUGUCAGAGUGAACUGAAGAAAAAGAUUCAGCAACUAAACAGGUCCCAGACCCUGCGCAAUCAAGCCAAAUUAGCGGUCAGUGAGAUGGAAGCGGCGGCCACGAUGCAGCUUCAGGGCUUAGCUAAUCAGAGUGAAGCUACGAUAGCCUCGCUUCAACGAAAAUUUGACAAGGCUCAAGAGCGAAUAGAAGAGUUUCAAGCGUUUGUUCGAACACUUGUGGAAGAAAUCCUUUCGCGAACACGCACAAUGCGACGAAAAUUUGAAGCACUCCACGAGAAGCAAUGGCGGGAAACCUCAAAGGCCGCUGUGAGAGAGGCUCAAAGCAAGGCGUGCUCGAUUCUGAACAUAUCAUCAGCGGAUCUCGACCAAAUCAUGGAUGAAAGUGUCAGUCAGAGAGAGGAAGCCAGGCUUAGGAUCGAACAGGAGCAAGCCUGGCUUGCAGAAGUGGAAUCUGCUCUGAAGCGACAAGGAACGUUUGGUGUUCCACUCUUGGAAGUAUUGCUGGACCUAGUAGACGAUAGAGUGGCAGUUGAAGCAAAAGUUUUGGGAUCGUAGGUCUAAUAUCUGAAUAGCAGGCCUGAGGGUGUUUUGAGGAUCUGCGUCACGAUAGCCAUCGCCUUUAGAGCAAUUUUCAGUUAAAUAUCGAAAGAAAUCUGGAAUUGAUUUGGUUUGCGUUUUUUUCGUUUUUUGACUGGUACAGAAAACUGGCACAGCUUUUUCAACCAAUCCGAUUCAAAACUGAAACCAUUCGCGAUUUGGACACCAAAACUUUGAGCUCUUAUUGGCUCUUUAGGGUAUUUUCCUUUCCUCUGAUUGGCCGCUGUAAUUACCUUGGGGUUGGUUUCACAACACUCAAUCGAAAAGCGCUUCAAAUAGAGGCAAACCUUAAAAUUAAGUAUUUUACUCUGUAGACGAACACAAAAGAAGUAAAAAUAAAAGAAAUAGGAACUAGGUUGGAAAAUAUGAAGAGGACUAAUACGGAUUACUUUUGGCGACCUUGGAUAACGCUAUCCACAGGAUAAACCUCUAUCCAGUGGGAAGUGCAGUUCGGUAUGUUAACUCUUUUCCACUGAAUAGCGAUUUAUCCGUUAAAUAGCGUCAUCCACCUUUCGAACAACCAGGGCCAAGACUUUCGUUUGCUCUCUUACUCCAGUAUCUUCGUGACUUCUACUCUGUUGCACCCUAUCAUCUCUAAACAUUUCCUAAGAUGCUGACAAGGAGAAUUUGUGUAACACUCAAGAGGUUCUUUAGUUAGUGGUCAGUUCCUUUAUUCUAGUGACCGUGACGUCAGGGGUGACGUUGGGUUUCAAAGGAGUUAGUACGCUUCUCAUAUCACGAAAAACACGGAGACUUCGUCGCAGAUGACGUCUUCCUAGCUCAAAUUUCUAUCAACGAAAUAAUUAAAAAAAAAAUGUACACAAGAAAAAAAAAAAAGCAGCGGACAUCAAGAUGUUUGCAACUUAAAGUAAUUUAUUGGAGGACUCCAAGAGUCUUAGGCCUAGCUGUUUCAAAACACAAGGAUUCUUACGAAGUUUCUCUUUGAAAGAAAAUGUUUCCUGUAUUCGCUAACUACGCAUUGGUAUGAUAAGGAAUUCCUCGUCAACAAGGCAAACAAUUGCAACAAAUAUAAAGAUACCUAAAAAUAAAACAUUUACAAAAUAACCUCGUAGCUAAUUUAUAUCUGUGAUAACUCUAGUAGUUACCAGGUCUUCUCGCUGCAGAAAAAAAA